GUGAAGUGGAGGCGGCGGUGUCGCGAGCUAUCAGUCAGCAGAGAGCGAGAUUAGCGGACGGGUCGACUCCCGGAUCUGUUACUGGGUCAGUACCAACCCUGGCGUUCUCCAUCACUGCACACCUUCCUGUUACACGACCAAAUGAAGGAAACGGCUCAGAGCAGAAGACUGAUAUCUGGGACCCCUGCCUCAUUCUUCGAGCGUUUAGACAUGUGAAUUAAGUGAACGGCUCAACACGCGGAUAUAUUUGGAAGCAGAAAGUAGGAAAUGAUACGGCUUGGAGGAGUAUCUCAGAGAAUACUGGAAUAAUACGUUUGCUGGUUGCAGACAACAGUCCAUUCAGUGGCAAAGUCUGGCUCUCUGAACUCGCUGAUCUCCUGGAGAUCCAUCCGUGCUCAGUCAUAUCCUGGAUAUUCGUCACUCAUAGAUUCAUCCGUACUGGUGGUGCGAACUGGGAAACGUACCGUCAGUGUGAGGUCCGCCCAUGGUAAGGAACGAUAGCAGAGGUGUGCUGAUAUCCUGACAGAGUCGGUACCGACGGAACCCAAAAUGCAGUACACGAUACCCGAGCGUGGAGACCUGAGGACGGAGAUUGAGUCGCUCUUCGCCAGCUUCACCAGGGACGUCGACCUCAUCACCGUCAACGUCACCGACUGCACCAACGUCGAGAUACCGUCCACACACCAGUACUACGCCAAGCCCCACGCGGCCAUCAUAUCCGCCAUCGUGAUCUGCACGCUGGCCGUGACUGCGGUGUACGCCAUCUACGGCAACACGAUGCACUACGUAAGGCGACACGUCCCGCGUGUCCUCAGGGGGUACACUGCCUUCGUCAUCUCCUUAUACCCGGUGUCAGCCACCAUCACGUACCUGGCAGUGCUGGUGCCCCGCGCGCACUUCCUGGUGCAGGUGGUCACGCAGGGCAUGUUCGUGGUGUGCCUUUACCAGAUGUUCUCGCUGUUGGUGGCCUACCUGGGCGGCGAGGAGGAGUUGUCCCUGCGGCUGUCCACAGCCACCAUACAGCCAGUCACGGGGCCCUGCUGCUGUUUCCCGUGCUGCCGCUACUGCUGCAAGCCCAUCCCCGUCACCAGGAAAAGUGUGUCGCGACUACGUCUGCUGGUGUUCCAGCUGCCCCUGGUGCAGUGGCUGCUGUACGUCAUCAUUUUCGUCAUGGUUGCUGAGGACAAGGGGACGUACACCAAAGUGCUCCCGUACCUGCAGCCGCUCUUCGUGGGCUCCAUGAUGCUGGCCGUGUGGGGCACCAACAUGACGAUCCGGGUGCUCAACACCAUCCUGAGCGACUUCAAGGCGACGGCCAAGUUCAUGUCCCUGCAGCUCAUCGUCAUCCUGGACGUGCUGCAGACCUCGAUAGCGAAUCUCAUAGCCAAGAACGUGCCGUGCACCGUCCCGCUGACGCCCACUAUGUGGGCCAACUUGGUUGUGUCGACGCUGGUGCUGGUGGAGAUGGUUCCACUGAGUCUUUGGGCCCGUUCGCUCUACUGCCGUCCCACGCCACCCAUUACAGCGCUUGUGGUUCGCCAUGGGAACACGUCCAGCGGUCCAGAAUCUAAUGGGCACAUCGAGCCCAUACCCACGUACAGGAGCUGUGUCAUCCUGACUGAGGACUUGCCGCCUGUUCGCAGCGUGAGCAUGGAUGGGGUCGACUCAUCAUCCACGGCCUAGAUACUUCCAGCGACCAAUCUGUUUUUGGUUCCAUCGUCAACGAUGGUGAGGCAGACGAGUGAUCAGUCACAAAGGGCAAAAGUUCCAGUGUUCUAAGUGUAACAUAAAAUCUGUGAUUUUGUCCAAUAUUGGGGAACAGUUGUACACUUCAGUGUGCAGUGCACUCUGACAGAAACAUUAUUACUCCUGGAGAACCAUUCUAACUAUGUUAAUAAACUGAAAUGUGACCUUCAGCAUUGUAUUAGCAUUUCAAAACAAAUAAGAGAUUAGAAGCACUGCCUACAAUUAAUCAUAAUGCAAAAAUAUCAGAGAUGAUCCUUAUUGUCAUGCUGAUCACUUGUGAUAGGACUAAUAAUUUUUUUAUUGUUAUUAUU